GAGAGGGGCAGCGUGCGGUGUUGCAGGCGCAACCCCAGAGAUGGACACCUGGGUGUGCAAGCUGUGUGAUGAAACAGUCACCGCGCCCAAAGGUGCCUCCCGCUAUUUGGGGAUAAAGAAGAGUGUUCGCUUCGCAGAGAUAGUCUUGCAGCGCCGCCGGCACCUCCAGCGAUGGCAUCAAGGGGAAGAUUGGUCGAUGGCGGGCUCCCUGAAGAAACCCGCUAGGCUGCCGCCGAGGGUGCGACGCAAGGUGCCGCUGACGCAGCAGGAGUUUCAUGAAAUGAGAAGCAAUGCGGCCAAGAAGCGGCACGCGAAACGGCGGGAAGAAGCGAGGAGGAAACGCGAGGAGGAGGGAGACACGCGCGACCACAAAGGCCACAACAUCCGAGACGUGGUCACAGAAAACGCCAGGAACCACACUGGCUGGACGCGGCGCCUGCUGACUUGUGGCAAGUGCCAUGGAGCCUGGUGGGGCGAUGCGACCGCCAACGUGGCUGGCCCCUGCCAUGCAUGGAGUGACCUGGCAAACGACAAGCCCAGGUGGAUGCAACCGACCCGGUUGCGAUGGUGGGCAAGCCUUGAUGCAGUUGACCGCGCGCUGGUGCGACGGAGCUGGGCUGAGCAUGCCGAGCAGCAGCCGACUACCGCGGCGUGGAGGAAGAUUGACGAGGCCGCCGAAGCGCUCACAGCCAGAGCGGACGCUGGGAGCUUCACGGCGGCGGAGAAGGAACGCAACAAGGUCAAGUGCCGCGCCAUGGUGAAGGCUGUGUGGGGCCCUGGGCAAGAUGUUGCUGACCGCCGAGGCCCGGAGUACUCGACGUGGCUGGCGGCGCGCUGUGGUUUGCACAAGGUGGACCGCCCUGAGACGGUCAUGAGGAAAACCGUGAGGAAGAGGCAGAAACACAAGGACAAGGAGGUGCUGGAGACAGGCACGAGGCCAAUUGGCGAGGAGGCAGAGGGGCAGCAGGAGACGGCAGGACAGCUGGGGCGCAGCGAGGAGCUGGAAACGCUGGGGGUCCUUCUGGGGACUAUCAAUGUCGCCAGCUGGUCUAAGCAUGGCCUGGCGGCUUUCCAGGCAGCCGGCGCGCACGGUGCCGACGUCUUGUUUGUCCAGGAGCACAAACUCACGAGGCAAGGAAUGCGCACGGCGCAGCGGCUGGCUGCAAGGAGGGGCUGGCACCUCGUAGAGGGCACGGUGCUAGACGAGACUCAGGGCAAGAAUGGCCGUGAUUGGCACAAUUACGGCGGCCUCGCGUGCGCCACGAGGGGCACAUGGAGAGCUGAACGGCUGUGGCAGAAGAGGGAGAUAGGAGGAGAGGUUGCGGUCUUUCGUGUGCGCAGUGGCAGGCAGAUGCUGCACGUGGGGGUCGUGCAUCUCCGGCGUAACAGCCCGGUCCAGGCGCGCCGAGGAUUGCUCCUGGGUCUGCGGGAGUGCCUCGCCGGGCUCGGAGGUGCAGCUGUGCUCGGCGGCGACUGGAAUGUGGAGGCCUCGGAGGGCAUCCUCGGCGUUUUGACUGGGGAUGGCCAGUGGCAGCCUGCAGUGCCGCAGUCGUCCACGAUGGCAGGAAGCAGCGAUGCCAGGAAUGACUACUUCCUGGUCCAGGGCGUGGUUGUCGGCGAGGCAGUGGCGCACCGCGACCGGAUUGCGGACCACAGGUUGGUCACGAUGGGGCUCAAGGUGUGGGCCGAGGAGGAGACUGAGGGUUGGGCUUGGCGGCGCGCGGCGAGAUAUGGCGUCAGUACCAGACCACGCGCCAACAUGGACGAUGAAGACGACGGCUGGCUCGCGAGCGCCCGGCCACCUCGUAGUCAAGGUGAGCACAAAGUCCUUACUGAAGGAACGGGCUACAAGGGAGACCGACACCUGGUGCACUGGCAGCGCCCGGAGAGCCAAGAGGCGGGCUCCGUGCAGGCGCGGCGCGAGAGGCAGCUGAGGGAACUCAUCGCCGUGUCGGAAGCCGUGCAGGAGCGCAGGGGGCCGCGGGUGCGUGACGGAGCGACCCAGGCGCUGUCGCGAAAGAGGGCGUACCUUCGGCGGAAACUUGGGCUGCCAUGGGCCGUUGGGCCAGAUGACGCACAGGACCUGCACAGGAAACUGCGGGAAGCAGUGGAGGUCAGCAGGGACGAAAGGAUCAAAGUGUGGCGCGAGAGUAUACGUGAGGACAACAUGCGGAAGCGGACGUACAAAUGGAUCAGGAAUCCAGCGCAGAGCUGUGGAGCCGCCGUGUACGACGCGACCGAGCAGAGACAGUAUUCGGGGCAAGCAGCGGUGGAGAAGCUCCGUAGUUUUUAUCACGGCCAUUUCAGUGGCGCAGGGUCUGGGAACCAGCCCGAGGAGUACAUGCUGCACUACGCAGAGGAGGUGGAGGAGGCGAAGGAGAAAAUCCAGCAGGCGGUGGCGCAGGAGGAUCGUCAUCGUCAGCACAUCUACGCCAUGCUCGGCCACAGUGAUUUGCGCUGGGGAGCCCCAUCAGCAGGCAGCGUGCGGCGGCUUUUGAGGACGAUGGCAGGCACCGCGGCUGGCCAAGACCAGUGGUUAGCGAGCGAGCUGCUCCUCCUGCCAGACCUUGCUUACGAUGACCUGGUGGAUCUGUGCCUUGGCUUCGAGGCGGGAGGCUGGCCCCCGAGCCUCAAGAGGUGGAGGCAGACCCACAUCCCGAAGGAGAGCGACAGCAUCCCGAAAGUGGACCGCAUGAGGCCCAUCGCCAUCGCCAGCACGGUGGUAAGAAUGUGGCACAAACACCGAGCAGAGCAGAUCGCAGAGUUCCUGGAGCCGGCUUUCGAGGCGGACCAAGCUGGCGGCCUGCGCCAGAGAACGCUCGAGGGGCUCCUGGAGGGCACGCUGACGGAGGUCGAACAAACGAUGGUCGCCAACAGGAUCGCGGGCACCCCUGCGUACGACCUCCUGAGCGAAGACGACAAGCAGAGAGUGGACAGCAAGAAGGGCGCCCUCUACGGCUCCUCCUGGGACUUCGAGAGCGCCUUCGACAGGACGGAUCCAGUGAUUGUAGGACGCAUCUGGAAAGAGUGUGGUGUGCCCCAUGGCAUCGUGGAUGGCAUCGUGGACAUAUGGUGCAACCAGGAGCGGUGGAUUGAGAGUGCCGGCCUUGUCGCUAGUGAGCCCAUCGCGGUUUCACGGUCGUUGCCGCAAGGAGACCCUGCCAGCAUGCUUGGCAUGGCCACCGUGCUCAUGCCGCCGACGCGCCGCAUGAAACGGAGGGUGGCGACGGCCACGUGCUGCGUGUACGCCGACGACCGCACGGCCUGCACGAGGAGCCUGGAGGACAUGCAGGAAGUGGAACGGCACUGGGGGGAGCUGGAGCAGCUUACGGCGCUGCGGACGCACCCGGGCAAGACCCAGCGGUUCGUCGUCUCCGCGGACGUGCGCGACGCCGGCGAGGACCGCGGCGCCGACAGAGGCGCCAGAAGCAGCUUCAAGGUUCUCGGUGUCGACUUCUCCUUCGACGAAAGGGAGCUAACGCCCAGGGAGAUGGGGAAACUCAAGGCAGGCAUUGAGAGGCUGCAGAGGAUUGCCAAGCUACCGCUGGGCUGGCGGGCAAGGAGGCGCGCGGUGGCGACGGCAGCCAUGCCCCUGAUGGCGUGGGGGCUCGUCACAGCCCUGCCGCAGGAGGCGCAACUGAUGGAGGUGCGACGGGAGGUGAGGAGAGCAGUGUGCGGCAGGAGGUGGCCCUCUGCGUCGGUGGAGCUCCUGCAUCUCCUAGCGGUGGGCCACUGCGGCGACCUGCGGUACCACCUGGCGGACAGAUGUUGGGCCUUCCACCAGGCCAGGAGGAGGAGGCAGGGCACGGAGGAGGAGCUGGCAUGGCAGAGGCUGGUGGAGGUGACGGACAGUUGCGGCCCGACGCGCUGCCUGCAGCGACACCUAGAGGCAAUGGGCUUCCACAGGGACACCCACACGGGCGAUUGGAAGCAUGGCGAGAGGCACUUGCGCAUCGACGACCGCAGGGGCAGAGCGGCGCACGUGCUCCGCGAGGCCUGGCGGCAGGAGCGUUGGGACGCCUUCAAGGCCCAAGGGGCGACGAGACGUGACAGCAGAUUAGCUGUGGAGGAAGGCGUCGCCUUCGAUGAAAGAGCCUUCCACGUCGCGACGGAAGUGCUGCAGUCAGGCGCGCUUGGCAGCCAUGCGCUGGCCGUGCUCACCGGGGCCAUGUGGAGCGAUGCCAGGCUGGAUGUGGCGAUGGGCAGAGAGCCGCGCCCGUGCAGCGAUUGCCCGAGCGGCGAGGUGCCAGACGUGGUCCACCAUUGGUGGCGCUGCGACAGGUGGGCCGGCAGGAGGAGAGGUAUUGCCACGCCGCGGAGCGCGCUGGCCAGACGGAUGGGAUGGCCAGGGGAGGCGCUCCAGGGCGCAGACGCCCGCCGGGCAUGGUGGGAGCAGCUCGAGUACAUGGCUGGCGUGCGCCAGAGCCUCGUCGAGGACCGCUACCGCGGAGGCAGGCCCAGCCUUGGCGGAACGUGGCAGAUGAUGAGGAUGGAGGAAAAUGCCUAA